UGAACAGUUGCAGUGGUGGUAGUAUUAUACUAGCAGUGUAGUGUUCAUUCAAUCUCCAUUUCACAAUUCAGAUCUCUGAACAGUUCUAAUAAUAGAACCACUGAAAUUAACUUCGAUUCCACUUCCAUCUCUCAAAUCCAACCUACACAAAUAUGGCAACCCCAAAUCAAUUCGACAUGCACAAUUUCUUCAUGCCUACAAAUUCUCCGCCGCUCCCCACUCCACAAUCACCGUCGCCGCCACCGCCGCAGCAAAACCCUAAUUUCACACCUCCAUCUCCAAUCACUUCCUCUUACCCCCCUCCUACAGUAACCAACCCUUUCCCUUUCCAAUUCCCUCAACAGUUCUCUCCUCACGCGCCUCCUCCCUAUUCCCACUCGCCGCCGCAGCCCCACCGCUCUCUAUCCUACCCUACACCCCCUCUUCAACCCCAACAACAACAACAACCGCCCCAACAAUUACAAAACCCUCCUCGCAACAACGACCGGAGCGGAGCCGAAAUCAUGGCGCUUCUCCGGCCGCCUCAGCCGCCAAUACAAUCCACUUCGCCGCAGCCAAUUCAAGAACCUCCGCCGGAAGGAGCUGGGGUGAUGGGGCCCAUUAGGAUGGCGAGUAGUAAAAUGCCACGUGGAAGAAGGAUUAACAGUACUGAGGGUGGAGUAGUGAGUUAUGACGUGGAUGUUAGGUUACAAGGUGAGGUGCAGCCUCAGCUUGAGGUUACACCUAUUACUAAAUACAGUUCUGAUCCUCAGUUGUGUUUAGGAAGGCAAAUUGCUGUAAAUAAGAGUUAUAUUUGUUAUGGAUUAAAGCAGGGUAAUAUUAGGGUUCUUAAUAUCAAUACCGCCUUGCGGUCUUUAUUUCGCUCCAACUCGCAGAGGGUCACUGAUAUGGCUUUCUUUGCUGAGGAUGUUCAUCUCUUGGCCAGUGCUGGGGUAGAUGGACGGAUUAAUGUCUGGAAAAUUUCUGAAGGACCAGAUGAGGAAGAUAAGCCCCAGAUAACCGGAAAGACUGUGAUUUCCAUUCAAAUAGCAGGAGAGGAGGAAAUUAAAAAUCCCAGGGUUUGCUGGCAUGCCUACAAACCGGAAAUUUUGGUAGUUGGAGUUGGAAAACGUGUUUUCAGAAUUGAUAUCAACAAAGUUGGAAAAGUUGGAGUAUAUUCGCCGGAGACACCUCUAAUCUGUCCUGUUGACAAAGUGAUCGAAGGUAUCCAACUGAUUGGCAAACAUGAUGGGGAAGUGACUGAUUUGUCAAUGUGCCAGUGGAUGACUAGCCGUUUGGUCUCUGCUUCUAUGGAUGGCACGAUUAAGUUUUGGGAGGAGUCGAAGGAAUCGCCGGUUCUGGUACUCAGACCACAUGAUGGCCAGCCUGUUUACUCAGCUACUUUCUUGACUGCUAAUACCCGUCCAGAUCACAUGGUUCUUAUCACAGCGGGGCCCCAUAAUCAAGAGAUAAAGAUUUGGGUCUCAGACAAAGAGGAUGGUUGGCUGUUACCAGGUCAUGCUGACUCAUUGAAGUGCACGCAAACUCUUGAGCUGAAGAGUUCAGCUCAACCUCAAGUAGAGGAGGCGUUCUUCAAUCAAGUUGUAGCUUUGUCCCAAGUUGGUCUCCUCUUACUUGCAAAUGCAAAGAGAAAUGCAAUAUAUGCUGUGCACCUAGAUUAUGGGCCAAACCCAGCAUCAACUCAUAUGGAUUACUUGUCGGAGUUCACUGUCACCAUGCCUAUCUUGAGUUUAACAGGGACCAGUGACGUUAUACGUGGCCAGGCUCAGAUUUAUUGUGUUCAGACACACGCUAUUCAGCAGUAUACUUUAGAGUUAUGCCAGUGCUUGCCACCACUAUUGGACAAUGUUGGUCUAGAGAAGUCAGACUCUAACAUUUUAAAUGUUGAAGGAGUUUCUGCUGUGGAUUCGCAUGGUAGUAAUUUCUCUGGUGUUCCUCUAAGCUGUGUUUCAGUUGAUGCAGCCACUUCACAAGAUAUUCCUUCUUCAAAUCUUGACUCCAAACUUCCUGCCUUAACCCCUUCAACUAGUGACGCUGACAUAACUUGUGUGCCAUCAUCGCCUCUUCCCAAUACAAAUAGGGGAUUUGCGGAGGUUACUGUUGCAUCAAGGCUUGAGUCAAGCCCUCCGUCUGCUGAACAAGGUUUAAAUCAGCCAGUUAAUAAUUAUACAGUUGACCAGUAUAUGGACACCAUUCAUUCGACUGUCUCUGAUGUUCCUUCUUUGGGUAGUGACUCAAAGAAUGAUGAGAAGGAAGAUCCACAAGAUGAUAAUUGUAGUGUCCUUAAUCCACCUGUAAUGUUUAAAAAUCCACCUCAUCUGAUAACUCCUUCUGAAAUUCUAAUGGGUGUUUCAUCUAAUAAUGAGGAAAAAACCGAGGAAGCAAAUAUGCAAGAUUCAGUUGACAGUAGUGAUGCUAGUAAUGGAGAGAUGGAUGUUAAAGUAGUUGGUGAUACAAAAUCUGCUCAGAACUCUGAAUUUGGCUUUAGAGGAGAGCCUAAAAUUCGUCUUCCAGAAAAUAAGGCGAAAUUCUUUUGCUCCCAGGCUUCAGAUCUUGCUAUUGAGAUGGCCAGGGUGUGUACUGACAUCUCAGCAGAAACUUAUACUGUUGAGGAAUCUCAGCGAGUUGACGUUGUUGACAAGGCAGAUUAUUUUGCCAAACCUUCUCAUGUUAGUGAGGAUGAAGUCCCGGACUCCGCAAAAGAUGUAUUGGAGAAAAUUUCUGAGUCGACCACGCCCACAAUAGUUCAGCAAUCGACACCAAGUACAAAGACAAAGAAUAAGAAGGGUAAAACUCCUCAAGCAUCAGGCACAUUUUCUCCAUCGCCCAGUACUUUUAAUUCAACGGACUCUACUAAUGAACAAGCUGGGAAUUCAGAAGCUCCUAUUCCACAAAUACUUGCAAUGCACGAGAUGCUUAGUCAGUUAGUGGCCUCACAAAAAGAAAUGCAGAAGCAGAUGUCAAAUAUGGUUGCUGUCCCUGUUUCAAAAGAAUGUAAAAGACUGGAGGCAUCACUAGGGCGGAGCAUUGAAAAAGCUAUCAAGGCAAAUACUGACGCACUCUGGGCUCGUUUUCAAGAAGAAAAUGCAAAGAUUGAUAAGUUAUCGAGGGAUCGCACACAGCAAAUAUCAAGUCUGAUUGCCAACUUUGCCAGUAAGGACUCGACAGCCAUGUUAGAGAAAGCACUGAAGAAAGAAUUAGCCUCAGUUGGACCAGCUUUAGCUCGUACAGUUUCUCCAGUCCUUGAGAAAACAAUAUCUUCAGCUAUUGCUGAGUCGUUCCAGAGAGGAGUAGGUGAUAAGGCAGCAAAUCAGCUAGAGAAAUCAGUUAAUUCAAAACUUGAAACAACCGUAGCUAGGCAAAUUCAAGCACAAUUUCAAACUUCUGGAAAGCAGGCUCUCCAGGAUGCCUUGAAGGCUGGUUUGGAAGCUUCAGUUAUCCCUGCCUUUGAAAUAUCGUGUAAAGCUAUGUUUGAACAAGUAGAUGUCACUUUUAGGAAAGGGAUGGUUGAACAUACAACUGCAGCUCAGCAGCAUUUUGAAUCUGCACAUUCUCCAUUGGCCCUAACUUUAAGGGAAACCAUCAAUUCAGCAUCCUCGUUGACCCAAACCUUGAGUGGGGAAUUCGCUGAAAGUCAAAGGAAGCUGUUAGCUCUUGUGGCUGCUGGCGCCAACUCAAGUGCUGCAAAUCCGCUGGUUACGCAACUUAGCAAUGGACCUUUAGCUGGACUCCAUGGAAAGGUUGAACCGCAUUUGGAUCCAACGAAAGAGCUGUCAAGAUUGAUAUCUGAACGCAAAUAUGACGAGGCUUUCACGAUUGCCCUACAAAGAAGUGAAGUGUCAAUUGUAUCCUGGUUAUGUUCUCAGGUUGAUUUGCGGGGCAUGUUAGCGAUGGCUCCACUCCCAUUAAGCCAAGGCGUAUUGCUCUCUCUACUACAACAGUUGGCCUGUGAUAUAAAUAAGGAUAUGUCUCGAAAGCUUGCGUGGAUGACAGAUGUGGCGGCUGCCAUAAACCCAGCUGACCAAAUGAUCGUAAUGCAUAUUAGGCCUAUCUUUGAGCAAGUAUAUCAGAUACUACAUCAUCAUCGGAGCUCGCCUUCCAUUGCCGGUGCGGACCUAUCAAUGCUCCGUGUUCUCAUUCACGUGAUCAAUUCUAUGCUGUUGACAUGUAAAUGAUUCUUGUUUUAUAACUAUUGUGCAAAAUAUAGAACGAGGCUUAGAGGUAGUAGGAAGUCUGUACAAAAUCUUUGUUGGUUUAUAUGAAAGGACUUUUAUCAUUUUACGUUGUUAUUGUAGAAUAAACUUUAGAGAUUAUGAAGGAAAGAGCUUAGUUUCUGGAGGUAA